AUGGAAACUAAACAUUUCAACGUCUUGGUAUCGACAUUCCGUGGAUUAGGACUACCGCCAACCAUCGUCCUACCCGUGCAACCUUCAACGACAGUCACAGCUUUUCGCCAUCACCUGAACGAGCAUCUGCCUGAUACUGCUUCAAGAUUCAUUCUCACCACCCUAUCAAACAAGCAACUCCUCAAUGAAUCCGAUAUACCACUCUCUUCAUAUCUCUCCACAGAAGAUGACGACUUUCUUUCCUUGCGACUUAGUAUCCCUCUUUGCGGUGGCAAGGGUGGUUUCGGAUCUCAGCUGCGAGCAGCUGGUGGACGCAUGUCAUCGCGGAAGAAGAAAACACAGGACGACAAUGGUUCGAGCCGUAACCUGGACGGCCGAAGACUAAGAACCGUCAAUGAAGCCAAAGCCCUCGCUGAAUAUCUCGCAAUAAAGCCUGACAUGGACAAGAAGGAAAAAGAAAAGCGCCGCGCCCGGUGGCAAGAUAUUGUGCAGCAAACCGAGGCCAAAGAGGCAGAAAUUAAAAAUGGAGGAAAGAGCAUGAUUGAUGGACAGUGGGCCGAAGACAAAGAGGAAAGUAGCGAGCGGACCAGAGACGCGGUCCUAGCAGCAAUGAAGAGCGGCAAUUAUACCGAUAACCUCUUCAGCAGCUCACACGGUUCGAGCUCUGCAGCACCAGGCGAGAGUCCAUCCGACAGCGAUGAACAGUCUCGCGCCAGCUCGAAGGAAUCACCGCCACCGACACAACCUGCAACGGAUAGCAAGGGGAAGGGCAAGGCUCGUGCUUUUUUUGGGUUUGACGAGGAUGACGAGUUUAUGAGUUCCGAUGACGACUCAGACGACAAUGCAGCGAAAUAA